AUGAAGAUACAAAAUUUAAUUGAAGAGAGGAAAACAAAGAUAACAGUUGAAAAAGAAAAAACUCUAGAAGCAGUCAGUUGUGAACAGAAUAAAGAAAAACCUCAUAAAAUUAAUAAGAAUUCUUUAUGUGAUGUAAUUAUAACCAAUGAAGAAAUUAAUAAGAAUUCUUUAUAUGAAGUAAUUGUGAUAGAAGAAGAAGAUAUAAUUGUGAUCAAUAAAGACGAUAUAAUUGUGAUCAAAGAAGAAGAAUUUAAUAAGAAUUUUUUACAUAAUUAG